AUGGACUUGAAAGCCCAUUUUACUCCCAGCAGCAAGGUCGGAAUUCCUGGCCUUUUAGUGAAUUUAUUCAACGUUUACUUAUUCUUAACAACAAAAUCGCUCCGAACUCCCUACGGUCACCUGACGAUCUCUCGCUGUAUAGCAAAUGCUCAUAAAAAGACUACAUAUGCGAUGUCUGAUAGCAAACGCAAAAGUGAUAGGCGUAUAAUACGGAUAGUCAUCCAGGGAAUCAUCCAAGACUCCACUUUUCUCCUUGAGACGCUUGUAUUCACUUUCGCUCCUGUGAUAGUUGAAAGUACAACGGGAAUAUUUGUUUGCUACUCUUUGAUAUGGGAGCUUGCUCAUGCCAUUGAUGGGUGGGGCUAG